AACACACUUAAAGAUGCCCGCGCCAGUCGCUCAGCCGAAGACGCUGUACGAUAAGAUCUGGGACGAUCAUGUCAUUGAUAUCGACGAGAAUGGCCAGGCGCUCAUCUAUAUCGACCGCCAUCUGGUGCACGAAGUGACGAGCCCACAAGCGUUCGAGGGACUGCGUAAUGCGGGUCGGCCCGUCCGCCGUCCAGACUGCACUCUCGCGACCGUAGACCACAAUAUCCCCACAACUUCGCGCAAGAACUACACUACUACGGAAAAGUUCGUCGCUCAGCCGGACUCCCGCGCGCAAUGCACAACGCUGGAAGAGAAUGUCAAGGAUUUCGGCUUGACCUACUUCGGUCUGACCGAUCGGAGGCAAGGCAUCGUCCAUGUCAUCGGUCCUGAGGAGGGCUUCACGCUUCCUGGAAUCACUUGUGUCUGCGGUGACUCUCAUACAUCCACCCACGGAGCGUUUGGUUCCCUUGCCUUCGGUAUCGGCACGUCCGAGGUCGAGCACGUCCUGGCCACACAGACCCUCUUGCAGAGGAAGGCGAAAAACAUGCGCGUCACUGUGGAAGGCACCCUCAACGAGGGCGUCACCUCCAAGGACGUGGUCCUCCACAUCAUCGGUGUCAUCGGCACCGCCGGCGGCACGGGCUGCGUCAUCGAGUUCGCUGGCUCCGUCGUCCGCGGCUUCAGCAUGGAGGCACGCAUGAGCAUGUGCAACAUGUCCAUCGAGGGUGGUGCACGCGCGGGCAUGAUCGCCCCCGACGAAAUCACCUUCAACUACCUCCGCAACCGCCCCCUCGCGCCGAAGGGCGAGGUCUGGGACCGCGCCGAGGCGUACUGGCGCACGCUCAAGACCGAUGAGGGCGCGAAGUUUGACGUCGAGGUGAACAUCCACGCCGAAGACAUAGUUCCUACCGUCACCUGGGGCACUUCGCCGCAGGAUGUGGUUCCCAUUACCGGCAAGGUUCCCGACCCUGCCAACUACACCGAUCCAAGCAAGAAGGCGGCCAUCGAACGCGCCCUGAAGUACAUGGACCUCGCUCCGAACACGCCCAUGGAGGAGGUCAAGAUCGACAAGGUGUUCAUCGGCUCCUGCACCAACUCGCGCAUCGAGGACCUGCGAUCCGCCGCAAAAAUCAUCAUUGCUGCUGGCCCGGAGGCACACGUUGCGGAGGGUGUAUACGUCAUGGUUGUCCCGGGCUCGGGCCUCGUGAAGCAGCAGGCGGAGGCGGAGGGCCUGGACGCGGUGUUCAAGCGCGCAGGCUUCGACUGGCGUGAAGCCGGGUGCUCUAUGUGCCUGGGCAUGAACGAGGACCAACUGAAGCCCGGGGAGCGUUGUGCGAGUACGAGCAACCGCAACUUCGAGGGUCGUCAGGGCCCUGGCGGGCGCACGCACCUCCUCAGCCCGGCCAUGGCCGCGGCUGCCGCGCUGACGGGCCACUUGACGGACGUGCGCAGGUUCCUGGGCGCGGACGCAGAGGCCAAGAUUGCGUCGGGCCCCAAGCUCAAACUUGCGAAUCCGACCGAGUUCCUCACUGACCCCGUCCUUCCUCCCCCUGAACCGACGAAGAAGGCCGCGGAUGCUGUCUCUGCGGCCGCGGCAGGCGACGCGCUACUUCCCUCGACGGAGUCGUCUUCGAAGGUCGAGAAGUUCACGGUGUUGAAGGGCAUCGCGGCGCCUCUGCACGUCGAGAACAUCGACACGGACAUGAUUGCGCCCGCGCGGUUCCUGAAGGUGCUGAAGCGCACAGGCCUGAAGCACGCUCUGUUCGCGAACCUCCGGUUCGACGCGAACGGCCAGCCGACCGACUUCGUGCUCAAUCGCGAGCCGUACACGCACGCGAAGAUCCUCGUCUGCGACAAGCACAACUUCGGCUGUGGCAGCUCUCGCGAGCACGCGCCGUGGGCUCUGAAGGAUUUCGGCAUCAUGUGUGUCAUCGCGCCCAGUUUCGCCGACAUCUUCAAGAAUAACACUUUCCAAAACGGCAUGCUGCCGGUCGUCCUGUCCGAGGAGCAGUGUGCCGAGCUCGCGCAGGAGGCGGAGCAGGGCCUCGAGCUCGAGGUCGACCUGGAAAAGCAGGAGGUGCGCCGCGCGAGCGGCAAGCCCGCGUUUCCGUUCCAAGUCGACGUGUUCCGGCGGCACCGCCUGCUGAACGGGCUGGACGACAUCGCGCUGACGCUGCAGAAGGCGCCUCAGAUCGAGGAGUUCGAGGCGAGGAGAAGUCAGCUCUGGCCGUGGUUGGACGGGUUUGGCUACAAGGGCAGGAAGAUCCCGUUGUCCGCGCCAAAGCUGACGAACAAGAUGGACUGGUGAGAGUCCGUGAGAGUGGGAAGCAGGGGCCGUAGUCAGGGUUUGCCGGUACGCUACCUGUCUCCUCGGCACCGCCCGGUGUCAGUAUCGGCGUUGUCAAUGUGGCGAUUGUAACAGUUGCUGUAUGAUAGUGGAUGUAGAGCAUGGCGUGGAGCUUGGAAACACGUUGCGCAUCACGGCAGUGGAAACAUCGCGCGAAGCGGAAAGACCGUAGCUGAUGCGUGCAGAUGCAGGAGAUGUAGGCGAGCGGUGUCGGAGAGAGCA